AUAUAAUCGAAUCACGCUUUAUUUUCCUUGAGAACAGUGCCAUUAGUCGAUUUGCUGUUCAUCGGUGAAUGAUAAUCAAAAGCUAUGAUUUGUUUCGUUGUUCUUUGUGCACUGUCGAUAGUGCAGUCUGCAGCAUUUGACGAGAGGCAACCUAAUAUCAUUUACAUCCUGAGCGAUGACCUGGGACAUGCAGACGUCGGUUUUACUGGAGGGAGAAUCAAAACACCAAACUUGGAUAAACUGGCAAAGGAAGGUGUGCUCCUAAAACAGCACUACGUCCAGCCGAUUUGUUCUCCAACUCGAAGUGCCCUAAUGUCAGGCAGGUAUCCAAUACACACAGGAUUUCAACAUAGCGUCAUCCAUCCCGGGGAACCCUGGGGUCUUCAUCUGGACGAGACCAUCAUCCCUCAGAUACUUAAGGAGUAUAACUACUCAACUCAUGCUGUGGGAAAGUGGCAUCUUGGUAUGCACACAUGGUCCUACACCCCUGCACAUCGUGGGUUCGAUGACUUCUUUGGGUACUAUCUGGGAAGUCAGGACUACAACACCCACAUAAGGGGCGGAGGAUAUGAUCUGAGAGACGAUUACUGGACUAAGAAAGGCAAGUUCGUUGACGAUGUGAGAUACGAUCUGAAGGGACAGUACAGCACGGAGCUUUACACUCAGCGGAUGGUAGAUCUGAUCUCUGACAAGAAGGCUCAAAAGAACCCCUUCUUUAUUUAUAUGGCUUAUCAGAACGUACACGCUCCUCAUAUGGUCCCUCAACGGUACAUAGACCAGUAUUCGACCCAUAUAAAAGAUGGACAGGAAAAAACCUUCGCAGCGAUGGUCAGUGCAAUGGACGAAGGGAUAGGAAACAUAACCGCAGCACUGGAAGCAGCAGGUUUGGCUGAUAACACCGUCAUCGUAUUCAGCUCUGACAAUGGAGCAAAUGUAGGGUGCGUAAGCCAUGUCACUGCUAGUAAUUACCCUUACAGAGGCGGCAAACGUUCUAUCUAUGAAGGUGGGAUCAGAUCACCUUCAUUUGUAUGGGCUGGAAGUCGACUAGCUCCUGCAACAUCUAACGCUCUCAUUCACGUUGCUGAUUGGCUGCCCACAUUUUGGGGUCUUGCUAGUCUGCAAGGGACGAUGAAGCCGAACAACCCCAUCAAAACUAAGUCACUAGAUGGCGUAAAUCAGUGGCAGACUAUAUCAGAGAAUAAAGCUUCGGAGAGGACGGAGAUCUUACUGAAUAUUGAUCCUUAUCCUCUAAGUAAUGGUCACAAGGUCCCUAACUAUGGGAUCAGAUGGAAAGAGUGGAAACUAAUUCUAGGGUCAGGGGGUCCCCCAAGUGGCUGGUACCCAGCUCCAAGACUGAACGAUCUCGAGACCGCGGACAGAACUUGCCACAAACCUAUCGCAGGCCUCGUGGAGCUAUACAAUAUCGAGCUGGAUCCUUACGAACGUAGAAAUGUGUCCGACCGCUACCCUCACCUUGUAAAGAAGCUAACUCACAAGUUGAUGGCGUACAAUGCAACUGCUGUUCCACCAGGGAACAUGGCAACCGACCCAGCUUCCGACCCCAUACAUUUCAACCACACAUGGAUGCCUUGGAUGGAAGAUGGGGAGGAAGUAGGGGAGAAUUUGAGGAAGAACUUGUGGGAGAUGGAAGAGUACAACUGGGUCCAAAUGGAGGUGGAAGAGCUGCCGGACCCUUGCUACCAGGUUGUGAAUAAUGGUGUAGAUUUAUGAGCUUCAACAAACUAGUUCAGAGUGAUCAAUAUGAUUUAACGAACAACUAUGAACUGUGCUUAUUUUUUACUUUUCCAUGGUUAUGUCAAUAAAUCUAACAAGAUUUUAACAAGGUAGAAAAAAAUGAAAGGUUUCGCUUAUUGUUUGUAAAAAGUAGGUGCUUGAAUUUUGUUGUGUUCUCUGAGCCAUUAUAGUAAUCAUUUAUUUUUUAUUUCUUUUCUAAAAUUUUAGAAAAUCUGUUAAACAGAUAGUUAAUUGGGAAUGGAAGCAUUCAGUAAAAUAAAACUACCAAGUCACAAGCGUUUUUACUUAUUUUAGCAAAUGUGGAAAAACGUCACCCAAAAUUUUUAGAACUGGUUAUUUAAUUGAGUGAAAUUGGAAUUACGGAAAAAGUUAUAGUACAGCAACAGAGAUCUGAAGAAUAUUAUUUCAAUAUUUGAUAACUUAUCUUGGAGCUGUAUUGAAUUUAUAGUAGAGAUUUAGUAUAUAAUAGCCUGGGGUCCCCAGGUAAAUAAAGACUUUAAAUUAUGGGUCCACGUGCAUCAUAGUCGUUCACUAAGAGUAUAGAACGCGAGCCCUUGCUAAUUAUAAAUAUGAUUAGAGAUGAUCUGCACGAUCAGUCUAUCUAGAAUUAUAAAACACCAUUUAUCUUAUAUUUCUUAUUUUCCACUUAACUCGACUCCAGUUUAAUUAAUUUUCCAACACGUGCCUUCCAGUAUCAAUCUAUUAGUAUUCGUCUUGCAGGUGUUUUUUAUCUUUACGAGCUGAUCCAAAUAGGUGGCUCCUUAGUGUCUUACAGUCUUACGAUAAUUGCUGAGAGGUUUCCUUACGUUUGCUCUUUUUUCAGUUUCGUCGGUUUUUAUCAAUAAUGGUAGUCAUUGUAUAGAUUUGAAAAAAUGUAGGACGGUCGCUACAAUUAAUUUAAAAUUCGUACCAGAUUUC